AUGCGAAUACUCUACCUGAAAUCCGUACUACCUCAAAUUCGUGAGGUGAUGCCUUUAAGACGACAGACAUUUUGGUCGUCGUCCGUUUCUUUGCGAUUUGCACCCGGUGCUGGCAACGGUGACGUAUGCGCUGCGGCUCAUACGGAUAGCUAUGCAGCAAUGAAUGUGUUUAUGGUCGCGCCAUGUUCGCGACACCGCUGCUGUGUCGGCUGCGUAACGUUGCGCGACGCUGUGCCGCUUAUCUGUGUCGCUGAACUCGUCGUGAUAGGAUUGUCCAGUCUUAUCGCCGUUGAUUUGUACUUAACCAAUGGUCGACUGUUCUAUACAAAAGAAAUUGAGGGAGAAGGAAGGACGAUCGCCGUGGCGUUCGCUGUAUUUCUAGCAAUAUCGCUUCCAGUUAUCAUUUUCACAUUAACCGUUUGGCACUACCGAAAACCCUACCUUUAUGUAAUCCACGUCCUUUGGCAGUGGACUGUACUGGAAGUGCUCAUGUACUUCACAUACAAUAUUCUGCAGCGAACGUUCUCACCUGAAGUUCGACAGCGAACAGGGUUUCUACUUCCAUCAGCGAUCGUGCUUUCAAUCACUGGUAUCGUUGCUGUAUGGGUGCAAAGCUGGUGGUUAUUUGUGUUUGUGGAUGCGAUGUUCUUUGAGUCAGCACCGAAUGGGAAACGGAGCCGACGUCCUCACAAAAAUUCUACAUGCGAGUACGAUAACGUCGACGAGGAUUCCGCUGGACCCGAAAGUAGGAGGCAUUCGUUUACAAUUCCCAUCGUAAAGGUGGACAGGACGAAGUCACUCGAAACCGCUUCCUUAGGCGGUCAACGACGGAUGACUCUGUCGAAGAUGGACGAGAUCCCGGAAUCAGGAGAUGUAGUAGACGUGUAA